UAGAGGAGUGUUUGAUGAUGAGGAUGAUCAAUACAGGAGCGAUCAGAGGCUGUACUUAUUCUUCUACGCCAUCCCCACGUUGCCGUGAAAGGUCUUCAAUUCCUUGAAGACCGACACGAGUCCAGCUUGCCAUUUUUGGCGAAUGUGUAGAGUUCUCUCCAGCAUUGUCCCACUUAUUCCCCGAAGGCUCCACGUUUAUGAGAUCAGGUUACUGCUGAGGGAUGAAUCAAGGCAAUUUCCCCCGCAGGCAGAUCUGUGGCCGUGGCGAGGAAGAAUCUGGGGUUCUGGAAGGUUGUCAAAUGAUGCAUUAGGUGCAACAAUAGGACGACGCUGGUUGGACACUAGAGGGUUAGAUCUGGACCCAUGGGAUCUAAUUCAGGGACUUUGCAGUGUUUUGGUGGAUGUUGGCGUAGGAAUAAUAGGACGGAUGUUGUUGCGCGUGGGCAUAAGUUCCUAUUCUGGCCGAAGGGGGAAAUUCUCGCCGCUGGUUGAUCACUUGGCAGGGAAUUGGGAGAGAUGGCCCCUCCAGUUGAUCGAGACAAGCAAAAAGUAAUGCAUGAUGACGCUAAUCCAAAGGCUUGCACCGUUGCACGUGUCUAUCUCGGUCCAGGCGGGACCGAUUACUUCAUCGUAGGCUUGAAUUUCCUUACUCGGAGGGGUUGGGACCUAGAAGGGUUUGCUUUUGCUGGGGUCUCACCAGUCGGUAGCUAUGCGGCGCUCAGUCACGUCCACGAGAGCAUUCGAAGCUCACAAUAGGAAAUUUAAAAAUUCAUAAAGGGGCGUGCUAU